AUGACUUCUUCAAAAAGCUUUCUAUAUAGAGCUUUACAUUUAAAGGGAAGAGGCAAGAAUCAAAUUCGGACAGAUGUAGAGCAGUUUCGUGAUAUUUUGAAUAAUAUUUAUGAACGAAAUUUAUACUAUACCUUGAAGAACUUGAUUAUAAGUUCUAAACGACUCAAGGAGAGAUAUCCACAGGAUUACGAGAAUAUAUUGUCUAGUAAACUUCAAAGUAUAGAAAAGCUAUAUGUAUUGUGGUGUAGGCUUAUGGGGAAAGAUUGUGUGUUUGAUAAAGAGUCGGGAGAUAGUUUUCAGACUUUGAACUGUAACUCUAGUGGAGGAGAGAGGAAAAUUGCAACACAUGUGACAGAUACGAAGCUUAACAUUACAAUUAUUGAUUUACAACAAAUAGACAAAUUAAUAACGAACCUAACCAACAAAAUAUUUUUCGAAAUCAAUGAAGAACAAAAGAAAAACAAUAGGAUACAAUCUAAGCACAACUUGAAACUAAAGGAACUUAACCAUGUACAAUCAGCUAAUAAUGAGGCACAGUUGAAACACAACAAAUAUCAAAAGAUUGCCAAUGUAAUCCAAGGGAAAGAUCUAGUGAAAAAACUUCAAGUACAUCAAACUGCAAUGAGAGAGAGUCUAAGCAUAGUUUGUGAUACUCUUGAAGUGUUAUUUGAAGAAUAUGUCUUACUAUAUACCACAUUUCAAUACCCCCCAGGUAUACCACCUCCAUAUACGUAG